AAGAUUCUAAAGGCACACCAAGAUUUCAGAUCCAAUGAGCUGUCAGUUAUUUUAAAACCUGUUCAAAUCACAAUUUAAUUCUUCCAAAUUUCGGUAUUAUCUCAAAUGUGGAGGAGAGCAAAGGUGCUGGGUUUGAUUGUUUAAGAUUUGUUAAUGGAGUUCCUGCAACUAUAAUGUGCCCGCUUCACUGGUUUUUAGUUAUUCAUUACGAUUGUGGUAACUGAUAUAAUAGCAUAAAAUGCAGAUCUCUUCUGUACAAACUGUAGUGAUUUACGUAUUUGUUAGUAGCUUCUGUUGUGCUGAUUUGGUAUUUGUCGUCUAAGGCACAAACUUGUAGAUUUUGACAGUACAGUUCUGGAAGAGAAGAAAUUUGGGCAGCUGCUUUCUCAAUUAAGUCACACAUUGCAUGCUGCAUUUUUGUACCUAACUUAAAUGCCAUGUACUCCCUCAGUUCACAAAUAUAUGAUGUUCUAACUUCUUUCUGAAUCAGAUGUAUAUAGACACGUUUUAGUAUGUUUGUUCACUCAUUUCAGUCUGUGUGUAGUCCAUAUUGAAAAAUACAAAACAUCUUGUAUUUGUGAAAGGAGGGAGUAGUUAACUGACCCAGUUUUAAAGACCAAGGAUCACAUCCUUUUUAUGCUCAAGGGAAAAAACAGAGCCACAUUGGGAGGCACGAUGUAACGGUCUAAAAGGUUACAUUGAACUUCAUAUGUCGAUGCUUGGAGACAAUUCCCUGCAAAAAGCAUCAAACUGCAUAUGAUUAUAGCAAGUUAACCCUGUUGAUAUUCCUUUUUUCUCCUCUUAUCUUUUUUUUCAAGCAUGGACCAUUCCCUUCAAAAGACACAUUAAACUGCAGAUGAUUAUAACAAGCUUUAUAAAUUUAGCUCAAACACUACAUUUUACGGGGUUUUCAACAAUUUUCACAUUUUCAAUAGCUAAAUUAUCUAGGUCUUUACAGACAUUAAGCCCUGACAAAACAGCGAGGCAAACGAAGACAGAGUUCAUCUAAUGGGAUAUUUAAAAAAUUGGUUACUCCCUCUUUGUACUAAAUCAGCGACAAUUAAUAUGGGUUGGAGGGAAUUGUUUGUUAUCUACUCUAUUUUUUAGAAACACAGUGCAGACCCAUACACUCACAUACAAAGACAAUUAGAUUUAAUGCUAGUUCCCUCUUCAUAACCUCAACAAAGAACAAAAGAGAUGUGCUGCAUCGAAAAGUUCUACCCACAACAGCUUGUAAAGUUGCAUUUCGAUUUAAAGCAUGCAACAGCCGAUUCCCUCCAAAAUGCAUCCGAACUAGUUGACCUUUACAUAUGCAUUCCUUGUGCUAUUUUAUUCCCCUUUCCAGACAAAGAAAGACAAGGUUGUUCUUUCCUUCCUCCUCAUCUUUUCUCCUUUGAUCUCUUUCCUUUUUCACUUUUGCUCCUGCCCACACGCCUCAGUGUAAAACUAUUUUCGCCCCCAAACCGAGCGCUUUGCCUUUGCAUCUUGCUAAUCAUGCCCUUCAGCGCUCUUGAAAGAAGGCAAAGCUUGCGCUAAUGGAUCGGAAAGGAGCUCCCCUCUCUUUUCAUUUCCCGUGCAACUUCCUCAGAUUCCUCUCCCGUGCACUGACUGGCCGUUUCAGCAGCAUCUCUUUACUUUCUAUGCUUUUGCAAAUAUAUCUUUUCUGUUCCUUUCCACUGGCUUAUAAACACAGGCAUUGCAUUGCACGGUCGGCCUGUCGUAUCGAUCCGUUAUCGCUUGAAGCUUCGGCUAGCUAGCUAACUCGUAGAGUAGUGCGGUGGUGCAGCAUGGGUCUUCAGAGGAAGAUUCUUCUGCCGGAGAGAGCCACCAUCCAGGUGGCCGACGCAGACGCUGGAACUCUGCAGCCGCUGAAGAUGAAGCGGCCUCGUGAUGGUGAGGACGAAGGCGCUUCGGGCCCGCUGACGCCGACGGCGAACGGUGCAGGGACCGCGCCCACGCGCUGCCCGCCGGCGCCGCCGAAGAAGCCGAGGCUCGUGCUGGGGUGCAGCCUGGACGGGUUCAAGGUUCUGAGCGUCAUGGACUUGCGUUGCUUCCUUCGUUGACGAGCCACCUUGUUUGUUUGUUUGUUUGUUUUUAGUUACAGAAGAUUGUUUUGGUGUUUUUGUGCCCUUCAACUGUUCUUUUUAACCGGAAUAAGCCUCUAGCUUUGCAUUGUGGGCUGCUAUGCUGAAGCGGCCGCGACCUUAUUACAGUAAUUAUCACUGAAACUGAGCAGUUCAAAUCGGCAGAGGCUCUAUUUUUUUCUUUUAUCUCCUGACGACGAAAGAUAACCC